GACAAUAGAAUUUCUUCGUUUUUUUUGUUGCCAAGUGCGAAAAAAAAAAAUAAAGAAUAGCGAAUUCGCGUGAAUGGUAUGAAAUGAUCGGAGCGGGCUCGUGUCAUCCGAUUGUAACAAAUAAAUUAUUUGUGUGAAAACGUCAAUCGCUAUCAUCAACCCUCACAUAAACCUCCCAGUUUUAUUCCAUCCCCCCACCAUCUGCUGAGGAAUUAGGUGAGAAUUGCACAGGAUGGCAGCCAAUCCCACAUACAAGCCGAAUGAGUGCAAGAGGGAAGAGUUCCGCAGGUACCUGGAGAAAACUGGAGUGAUGGAUGCCUUGACCAAAGUUUUAGUUUUACUUUACGAAGAAACUGACAAGCCAGACGAUGCCUUAUUAUUCAUUCAGAACACGUUAGCCAAGCAGACUGGAAACGAGACGUUGGACGAGCUGAAAGCGCAGAUCGCCGAGCUGCAGGAGAAGAUAACGAUGCUCGAGGAGGAGAAGGAAAAGGGGCACGUCGAUGAGAACGCGGACGCAGGAGAGGCCGUCGACGGUGAGGCUCCUGCGAGUUCCCCAUCGGCAGCGGCUGCGGCCUCUCAGAUGGCCGCAGCUGAACCGGCCGCGGAACCUGCACCAGCCGAAUGAGUUCUUAAAGCAAACAGCAAACAAACAGAAGAGAGUAUUAUAAACCUAACCAUUUUAAUUGUAAGAAUUUUUAUUUAUUUUU